AUGCUUUCAAUUAAAAAACCCUUUGCCUACCUCCAUCCAGGCAAAAGUUAUCCUUCGACAGCAUCUCUACGGUUAGUCAAGGAAAGGAUCUCGGCAACCAAAAGAAAUAUAGCCAGCACUUCCCAAAAGUUUCUUGGAUUACACCUCUUGCUUGCUGACUCACUAAAGCCGGAGCUGUGGCAAACACUGGACCAUAUUACACACGAACAGGCCGUCCGUUCUGCCAAAGUGAGAAAACAAAAACAGGAGGAGAAAUACAAGAAGAUCUCUUCACAUGCUGGAUCCCCACUUCUAACACACACAGUGAAGAACCUCAGCAGUCACGUCCUGUCCCCAUCCGAAGUGUCUGUACUUUCAAAAGGACACAUUUUUGCUGUCACUCCCACAAGCAUUCCUACGGAAGAAAUUAUCAGCCAAAUUGAGACGGCUAUCUUCCACCUCCUACCCGAAGCAAGCAACGACAUUAGACAACGAGCAGUCAACAUCCUCCGCAAGGCUAAACCACCCAGCCAAAACAUCAGCAGAAAAGAACGCUUGGCACUCCGGAAUUUAAAACAGAACAACAACAUUCUAAUUCUACCGGCGGAUAAAGGAAAUGCCACAGUAGUAACGGACAAAGAAGAUUACUGUAAUAAGAUCAAUGUUAUGCUCUCGGAUUGCAGCGUUUAUAGAAAACUGAAACGGAACCCAACGUCCACCAUAGAGAAAAAAACAUCCGUUCUGCUCAAGAAUUCAGGCCUCCCUCCUGAAAUUAUCAAGUACCUCAUCCCCCGAGAAUCAUCGGUUCCAAGAUUCUACGGCCUCCCCAAGAUUCACAAGGAAUCGGUCUCCCUUCGCCCUAUCGUUAACAAUAUUGGGGGAUCCUCCUACCAGUUAGCCCGCUACCUUACCAGACCACUUCAAAAACUUACUGGUCACAAUGGAUCUCACAUCAAGAAUUCUAUUGAUUUUGUGAACAAAAUUACAAAGAUUAAAACGAAACCCAAUGACAUCCUGGUAAGUUUUGAUGUGGUUUCAUUGUUCACAAAUGUCCCGGUCCAGGAUACGUUGGACAUUAUCAAAAAGUCUGACAAACUGCCGGCCAACUUCGUCCCACUAAUAGAACAUUACCUAACCUUGACCUAUUUCCAAUUUCAAGGAGAGUUCUUUGAACAAACUUUUGGAGCAGCAAUGGGAUCCCCUGUUUCACCCAUUAUUGCGAACAUUUUCAUGGAACAUCUCGAAGGCAAAAUUCGCUGUCAUCCCUGA